AUGCCGAAACCUCCCAGCGGCUGGGUCCCGGAGCAAGUGGUGGCGUACAACUUGAGGUGGGACAAGCUACGAGAAUGGCUGAUGAAGCGAUUCGAAAACGACAUCGACAUCAGCGCGAGAGGUGGUGGCUUUAGCGAGAAAAAGCAUUUGAAAGGCGAUCGCUAUUAUUUCCAUACGCCUCAGCACCUUACAAGGGAAGAUAUGGAUGCCAUCGAUGGCCUCCGAGAGAGGAACCCAAACGACGUGAUGAGACAGGAGCAACGCCUGAGAUAUUCUCCUGACCCGGAGGAACAGACAACUGAUAAUCACGAAUGGGAAUCAGACUAA